AUGUCCCGGCGAAGAGGUAUUCCUACGCGAUUUAUAUCUCAUAAACACGGUGGUAUGCUUUGUGGUCUUUUUGAUGAUCACCGGAUUAUUGAUUUGGCGAACGGCGGUGAGGGGCCAAAAAUUGAUCGCCAGAGAUCCGCUGAAGGAGAUGGGAAUCUUACGUCCAAGACCAUUAGAAUGUUUUCUAUUAUUAAACAUGUUUCAUCACGACUCCUGUACUCAGUCUGCUUAUUGAGUGGCUAUAUACCAAAUAGUUUGUUGAAAGAACUAUUCCAUGAUGUGACCUUCACGAUUCUAUUGGCUUCUCUGACCUUAUAUUUGAUUGGACUAAUAUACACUAUUCCAAGAUCUCACACCUCACAUCGUCAUCUUAAUUCUUACACUCGACCAUAUCAGUCUUCUUCAUUGGAUGCAAGAGGAGUCUGGAUUCCGCAACCGAUGAUUGUUGACGCGUUCGGGUUCUUUGUACUAUUAGGCCCAAUUGUAUCUUUGAAUGCAUUUGCAAUCCUCUCGGGUUUUUAUAUGGACCAUGGUGAACCUGAGAAAGCAAGUUUUUGGAUAACCUUACAUUACAUUGUCUGGAGCUUCUUUUGCUGGGUCAUCAUCGCUUCCUUGGUUUACUUUGGAAGCCGAUUGACCGGAAUAAUAUUGAGGCACAUUGAGGAUACAAAAGAAGCGGGUCGCGCAAAACCGAUGAAAUUAAGAAACUUGGAACAAGGAUUAAAGAAGCUACGACUGAUACUCUCGAUAAUUGUUAGCGUUCUUGUGUACUUUGCCAUAUCAUCACUCAUAUUUGGAUCAUUUAGAAAUUUCAUAUUGACCUUCUCGCCAUUUCUGUCUCAUGCAUUGGCUGCUUCGUGGAUCCUGAUCGUUCCUACGAUGAACGUCGUCAUAAUAACGAUAUUGGCCAUGGAAACAAACAACAGAGAGCCUUUACAGAUCCUCCCUCAGACCAAUAUCUCCCCCAUCGAAAUUCCAGUUCUACCAUAUGAUAGCACAUCUUCAAAAACCGAUGAAGCUGAGUCAUACCCAAUGAGGCCAAUGAAUGCAAUAGCGCUAGAGGCAACCAGAUUUACAUCGUCAAAUGAUGACUCCAAAAUUUCCGAAUUAAGUUAUCAACAAAGAUCUUUGUCACAAUCGCAAAUAGAAUAUUUGCAACGAAACAGUAGUCCUACCAUUUCUGACCAUAAUCAACGUCAACCAAUGACACCAUCUUCAGCUCUAGCGCGUAUCACCGAACCGCCCUUAUCGCCAAAAUAA